AACUGCUGGUUCUUUAGAGAAUGUAGGCAGUUUUUUGGCUAUCCAGUGCUUUCAUUUCAGUUUUGUUAUGUGUAUUUCAGUGGGAGAGAAGACAUCUGCAGGUGUUGUUGAAGCAGCAUGAACUUCAGCUGGUCCAUGGCCAGCUGGGAUAGGUUCAGGGUCUGCUGAAGGUCAUGACGGCAGUAGCAGAUGACAGGGUGGUGUGCGCAGAACUGGACAAUGCCCUGCAUAUUAUCUUAAAUCACAGCUGCACUGUGGACAUGCAGCAGUGUUUUACUAACCAGAUCGAGCAGCUCAGAGGGGAGAAUCAACAGCUGAAGGCUGCCUUGAGACAGGCAGAGUUCAGACUCAGCACAGUGGAGAGAGAGAAGGCCUGUCAGCACGCUGCGCUCUCAGAUAAGAAAUGCAAUGUUGAUCAGCUUACUUUAAAGAAACAGCAGAUGAUCGCUGAGCUGGGAGUGCGGCGUAUGCAGCUUACCCAGCUGAAAGCAGAGGGACAGGAAGCUUUGAAAGAGCUGCUCAGCAGUAAGACCUGUGAGCUGGAACAAGAAAACCUGAAACUUAAGAGCCAGCUGAAGACUCGGGCUGAGCUGGACCAGACCAACAGUUCCUUGAGAACACUGGAGACAGCUGGUGGUCAUGGUACUGUGCAUACACAUAGAAAUGCCUCGUUUUAAAUGAAAAGUGAUCAAUUGUCUUAGCUGAGCACUCAGAUUCACCCUCAGUAACCUCACAGAACUGGCUCCUGAGAAACAAUUUCAAGAAAGUCCUAAUUAUGCUCCAAUACAAAUAUAGUUAUCCGUACUCAUUCAUAGCACAGCUGAUAAUUAAUCUGAGGAUGUUUUUACACCGUUCACAGUGUUACCUCAGGAAAAACCAGAACUAGGCCAAGUGUUUUUAAAAUAAAGGGAGGAAGAUCACACCCUGUGUUACUGGAUUAAUUUGUAUUCUUUACAGAGAGCCAGUGUGCGGCCAUCGUUUUGUUGUUCUGCAUUCUGGACAAUGGCAGGAAGACAGCACACUGAGAUUAUAGAUCUGGUCGAUGCACUCCUGCUGUUAUUCCACUAUGUACUUUUCCAUCUCUUAAUCUGCACAAAGUUUAGCAUUUUAACAUUUAUACAAUGUUCUCAGCUGUUUGCCGUUAGUGUAUUGAGACAUUGUUAAAGAACUUUUGUCCUCGCUGUGUGCAGUGCUUGUGGGCUGUUACAUAAUGUAGCUAUGAUUUCUUAGUUCUGACCUCUGUAACCUUCCAUUGUUUCAUUUUGUCCUAUUCAAUUGUGAGAGGGACAGAAUUGGAAAAUGGUCUCAUCUGACGUAAGUUUCAGUUCAUUGGUUCACUGGACAAAGUGGCUUUUGAAAAGCAGACAAUGCAUUAACAAUAUAGUUCAAGUUCUUCUCUUGUGAGCAGGAUGCAGCUAACAUAACCUGAGCUCAUUCUGUUUGAAUGUCAAGCGUUUCAUAGAUAUAGGGCUACACCUCAUUGAACAUAAUAUUCUUCUUUCAGACAGGACAGGGAAUAAUAAUUUUUCAAAGAGUUUUCUUUGUGGUACUUAGCAUGGUGUUUCAUAUGUAUUUCAGGUCUUAAAGUUGCUCUGGGAAUGCAGAAACAGAUCACUGCUAAAAGAGAGCAGAUUGAUUUCCUGCAAAGCCGAAUUCAGCUGCUGGAGGACACCAUAGAGAAGCUCAGGAUGGGGGGGUGCAUCACUAACUACUCCUCUCUGUUUCUAAUUAGUGUGUCAAUGCGAUCAUCAGGUCAAGUACUUGAGUUAAAGUACAGAUACCCUAAUAAAAUAUUAUUUAGAGGUGUGGACUAUCAGAAAGACAGUGGGAAAUAUGGCCGGAAUGUAGGUGUAACUUGCUCUGGAAUGUUUGUUAGAGAUGAUUUGAUUUUGAAAUCAUCUCAGAGAGUUUCCAGGCAAACCACAGUUUUCGUUGUUAUACUUGUACUGUUGUAGUCAUAAAUUUACAUGCACAUUGCAGAAUCUGCAAAAUGUUACUAAUUAAAAAAAAAAAGAGGGAUCGUAAAAAUUGCAUUUAUUUUUAAAUGAAGUACUGCCCUGAAUAAGCUGUUUCACACUACAGGUGUUCACAAAUAGACCCUAAGACAAAAUAAUAACUGAAUUUGCCAAGUCCUUGUUUUUCCUAAGUUAAACUGCCUGUUGUUUUUCAGAAAAACACUUCAGGUCCUGAACAUUCUUUAGUUUUCCAUCAUCUUCUGCAUUUUUGAGCCAUUUCCAACAGUGACUAUAAUUCUCAUUCCCAUUUGUAUUAUUAUUAUUAUUAUUAACGAGUAUGUAAAUUUAUGACUGCAACUAUAUGCUGAUAUGCAGGAUUAAAUAGAUAAAAUAUUAGAAUGUUCUUAGUAGCAAUUAGGAAAGUGUUUCACUAUUCAUUGGGAGCUAGCUAUUAUAAAUGAGAAGAACAGCAGAACAUCUUUUUUUUCUCAGCAAAAGAUCUUUCAUUCUUAGAAUUCUUAUUCUUUUUACCAUGCAAGGGCAAAUAUCUACCUACCUAAACAUGCAGGUUUUUGCAUGGGUCAGUCAGCUACUUUCUACUGUUUGUGUUUUUUACUUUUGUGCAUAUGUGUUUGUGUGUCAUAGGAGAAACACCGUCAGGCAUUACUGGUUAAGAGACAGACACAAGAGCUGCUGUCAGAGAGGGAGAGCAGGAGAAGACUGGAGUCUGAAGUGGAGGCUCUGUGCUCACAAGAGCGAGAGCUCAAAGGCAAAGCAGAGAGACUGGAAGCAGCUUUAUACAAGUUUUGCUGAAUGCCAAGAUUUUAUUCAGAAAUAGGAACAGGAGUUUAUGAGGCUGAAACUGCAGUAUGCAUUAGAUCUAAAGGAAUUGCAAAGCCAGAACUGGCGUAACGUUUCCAGAUCUCCAGUCAGCAGCUGUAUCCUACAGACUCAUCUUCCCCUCGCUCAGCAUAACGUUAAUGGCCUAAUGGAGAUGAGAGUCUCUGACCCCCUUGUGGAGCUGAAGAGGUUUUUAAGAGAGCUGCGUGGUGGAGCUGAAGAGCAAGGACCACACACUACCUUGAGCUUCAGGAGGAGACCAGAGGAAGACCACAAAUCUAGACACCCUAUAGGAACUAAAGGGGCUGAAAGUACAACAAGGACAAUUGGAAGAAUAAACAGUUACAGUGAGCCAGGAUCCUUCAGAACUUCUGAACCUAAUAAGCAGGAUCACCCCAGCCCUUUAUCAGCUGACAAUAAUGCAGUAUGUUUUAGAGCAGGACAGACAUGCUGUUCCUGCUCUGUUUGUGCAACAGGACGCAGGUCUCCUGUGCACCCCACUGACAGAAACUAUUGGCUGGAGAUGGAGCGCCUUGCCUACGCUAAUCAAAUAUCUGCCAACAAUCAAGAUGAGCUCACAGGACAGGCAUCUCAGAAAAUCAAGCUGGACAGGCCGUAGAAGCUACUGAAGGAUGAUGGCCAGAAUGACACUAUUUUUGUUUGGUCUCAAUAGGUGUGUUUGAUUUUGACUUUGACUGAGGCUGGCCCUAAUGAUUGAUGAAAUUUGCCAGUUGCAUUAAGGGGAGGAGUCGAAAACAGCUUUCAAAACAGACAUAGUGACGCUCGCACUGUUUGCUUUCUUUAUCGCAAAUAAAGUGUAUUAGAUAUUUCUCAGCUAAACAGACAUUUGAAUUUUAAAUGUAGAAACCAAAAACAUUUCUAUGUGCUUCAUAAUACAGCCCCUGUACGUGCAAAUAAGUCAGUAACAUGCCAAUAUUAUUUACAUAUCAAUAAAGU